ACCCGGAAGCCACGGUUCUUACUAACCGUUCUUUUUGCCGGCGGCUCUCAGGAGCCCAUCAUGGCGACGCCCCCUAAACGGCGGGCGGUGGAGGCCACGGCGGAGAAAGUGCUGCGCUACGAGGCUUUCAUCUCUGACGUGCUGCAGCGGGACCUGCAAAAGGUGCUGGAACAUCGUGACAAGGUAUAUGAGCAGCUGGCCAAAUACCUUCAACUGAGAAAUGUCAUCGAGCGACUCCAGGAAGCUAAUCACUCGGAGUUAUAUAUGCAGGUGGAUUUGGGCUGUAACUUCUUCGUUGACACAGUGGUGCCAGACACUUCACGGAUCUAUGUGGCCCUUGGAUAUGGUUUUUUCCUGGAGUUGACACUGGCAGAAGCUCUCAAGUUCAUUGAUCGUAAGAGCAAUCUCCUCACAGAGCUCAGCGACAGCCUCACCAAGGACUCCAUGAAUAUCAAGGCCCAUAUCCACAUGUUGCUAGAGGGGCUUAGAGAACUACAAGGCCUGCAGAAUUUCCCGGAGCCUCACCAUUGACUUCUUCCUACCUCCCCUGACAUUAAAGAGUCUGAAUGUC